GUCCCCGUUUCUGCUGCGAGUGACAAGAGAAAGGAAACAGCAGAGACUUCGGCGGCGGCACUGGGAGGAGGUCUCGAUGCAGAAACGACUUUAUCAGGAAAACUGAAUUUUUCACAACACUUCAACUCUUACCUCAACUGUAUUUCAGGACAGUAGCAAAAUCAUGUCGUUUCUCCCACCGCAGAUGAAAGAGUCGUGUGCCUCCUGCAAUAAGACUGUGUAUCCAAUGGAGCGGCUCGUGGCUGAUAAGCUGAUUUUCCACACCUCCUGUUUUUGCUGUAAACAUUGCAAUGCUAAAUUAAGCCUGGGAAGCUACGCAGCUCUGCACGGAGAGUUCUACUGUAAGCCACACUUUCAACAGCUGUUUAAAAGCAAAGGGAACUAUGACGAGGGCUUCGGCCGCAAACAGCACAAAGAGCUGUGGCAACAGAAGGAGACAAAGAGCAGCUCCCAAUGAGGUGCCGGCACUGGCACAGCAGCAGCUGAGUAACUUGGACCAUCACAACCGGGUCUGGUCUCGCUUUCAACUCAGCAGCACAACAUCUGUAACUCUUCUCAUCUGUUGAUCACUUUUUACUAAAAUAUAGGUUAAGGGCUUAAUGGUAAUUGUAAGAGCACCAGAACACCAAUCAACUGUGGCUUCCCCAGCUCUGUGCCCACUGUGACCGCCCCCCCCCCCCCCCCCCA